CAUCGAUUUAUUCGCAUUCAAGCAGUACCCAGAAGGCUCAAUCAAUAGUCUGAAGCAAAAUCACAAGUUUCAAUAUCUGACAUCUCUAUGUAAAGCUGUGGAAAAAAUGAGAGAUGGGUAUUCCAAGAAUAGCAAGCUUUCAUGGCCCAAGUCCCUGGUCAAGAAAUGGUUCAAUAUCAGGAGCAGAGCCGAGGAUUUCCACGCAGACGACGUCGUAUACGAAGGUGGUGAUCAAGAAUGGAGGAACAAAUUCACGGAGAAGGGAGCAUGCACUAUCAAGAAAAACAAAACAGAAAGGUCAAGUAGGAAAAACUCCGAUCGCGUACGGCGAAGUAAAAUUGACCUAGAGGCUUCCCAAGUUACAGAUCUGCAUAAUUAUAGGAUUUUUGUAGCUACAUGGAAUGUGGCCGGAAAAUCUCCCCCAAGUUAUUUGAAUCUUGAAGAUUGGCUUCAUACCUCCCCUCCCGCCGACAUUUAUGUUCUUGGGUUCCAAGAGAUUGUUCCUUUAAACGCGGGUAAUGUCUUGGGCACAGAGGACAAUGGCCCGGCUAGAAAAUGGCUAGCACUAAUCCGAAAGACCCUAAAUAGUCUUCCAGACACAAGUGAGGGUUUCCGUACACCUUCGCCGAUUCCUAACCCUAUUGUUGAACUAGAUUCAGACUUUGAGGGAUCAAUGCGGCAAAAGGCGUCAUCUUUUUUCCAUCGUCGGUCAUUUCAGUCCUUGAGUCGUAGCAUGAGGAUGAUGGAUAGUGACAUGCCAUUUCCAACACCCCAACUUGACCGUCGAUUCAGUGUUUGUGAUAGAGUUAUGUUUGGGCAUAGGGCAAGUGAUUAUGACCCGAAUUUUAGAUCAUGUUCAUCGGAUGAUGAGAUUGGGCCUGCGGAUUCACCCGGUACCCCAUAUGUCUCACCAAUCUCGUUCAAUGGAUCUACUUCAAUGGAGAGAGAUAGACAAUCAGGACAAUCAAGGUACUGUUUGGUUGCUAGUAAGCAAAUGGUGGGGAUAUUCCUCACAGUAUGGGUUAAGAGUGAUCUAAGGGAUGAUGUUCGGAACAUGAAAGUUUCUUGUGUCGGAAGAGGAUUGAUGGGCUAUCUUGGAAACAAGGGUUCAAUUUCAAUUAGCAUGUCUUUGCACCAAACAAGCUUCUGCUUCAUUUGUAGUCAUCUAACCUCCGGGCAGAAGGAAGGCGACGAGUUGCGAAGAAACUGCGAUGUCAUGGAAAUUCUUAGGAAGACAAGGUUUCCACGGGUUCAUGGAAUGGGGGAUGAGAAUUCGCCUCGAACAAUUCUAGAGCAUGAUCGGAUUAUUUGGCUUGGGGAUCUGAACUAUCGGAUUGCACUUUCUUACCGAUCUGCAAAGGCUCUUGUUGAGAUGCGUAACUGGAGGGCUUUGUUAGAAAAUGACCAGCAGCUUCGGAUAGAGCAGAGACGUGGACGUGUUUUUGAGCGAUGGAAUGAAGGAAAGAUUUAUUUUCCUCCCACGUACAAGUACUCAAAUAAUUCAGACAGAUAUGCCGGAGAUGAUAUGCACCCAAAAGAGAAAAGGAGAACACCUGCAUGGUGUGAUCGUAUAUUGUGGUAUGGCAGAGGCCUACACCAAAUAUCUUAUGUUCGUGGAGAGUCCAGAUUCUCUGAUCAUAGACCAGUCUAUAGCAUAUUUUUGGCAGAGGUUGAGUCUAUUAACCAUAGCCGAAUCAAGAAAAGCAUGAGUGGUUCUAGUUCUAGGAUCGAGGUGGAAGAGUUGUUGCCACACUCAAAUGGAUACACUGGCCUUCGGUUGUAUUAAGAAAAGCAUGAGUGGUUCUAGUUCUGGGAUCGAGGUGGAAGAGUUGUUGCCGCACUCAAAUGGAUACACUGGCCUUCAGUUGUAUUAAGGAAUUGAUUCACAUGAUUCCCAUUUGAGAGGGCAUGGUAUUGUUCAACAGGCACAAGCCAUUAUAAGGCUUCAGAAUGUCUUUUGCCAAGAAGGGCCUGGAACUUGAGAAAGAAUUUUGGCAUCUUUGAGGAUCAGUUCAACGUGACUGAGGCCAUCACUUAACUUGUCCUCUUCAAAGACAGAGGAGAGAAAAGUAGAAACUGAUGCGAAAAUGACUCGGUUUCGCUAUGAAAUCUUUGCCUCAGCGGUGAUAGAGAACGUUGGUUGCAUGCUGCACUUCAAAGAAGUUCGGUUACCGACUCAAAAUUUUGUCGAUGAUUACAAACAAGUUAGAACAUGUCGCCGUUGCACAAGUAAUGAGGGUGAGUACGCCUGAAAAUGCAGGUUCGCGGUUCCUUGGUGAUUCAGUAAACGAAACUCAUUUCAGAAAAUCAGAAUGAAAAACUAGGGACUUUUUUUUGUUCUGAAAGAAAAUACCCCUAAGAGAUUCUGACAAAGAUCUCAUGAGUUUUUUUUUUGAUAAGUCAAUCUGAUGAGGUGUUUGUUUUCUUAAUUUUUACUCCACUAUUACUGGAUAUAUAGAAAAUUGUGAUGGAUGCUAAUUGCCUCGUCAUAAUCUACCCUACGAUGUAACGGGUGUCAAACUGGACCGUUUGAUUUGUCUAAUUGUAGGCUUUCUAUCCUUAAUUUUAUGAUCGGAA